AUGAAAUCUACGCUUACCAUCUUACUUUUUGCAAGUCUUUAUUCGUCCUUGAAAUGCAACAAUGUUAAUCCAUUAAUCAAGCUCGACUUGACAUCGAACUCGCUGAAUACAAAGUUAUUCGGUAAUGAAACAUAUGCACCCUAUGGUGCAAUGUCUGGCAUAGCAUCAAUUAAUGUACCAGCCUAUUCGAAUGGAAAUGAUACAUAUAUUUCCAAUCAAUCAAACUAUCUUUAUGGUGUAUACACUGGGAUGAAAUGGCAAUGUGUUGAGUACGCUCGUCGAUGGCUUUUCGUUCGUAAAGGGUGCACGUUUGAUAGUGUCGUUGCUGCAACGGAUAUUUGGACUCAAAUAUCUAUUGUUCAACAGGUCGUCGGUGGCAAAUGUUUUACUCUUAAAAAACAAUCGGAUGGUUCGAAAACUCGACCAACAAAUGAAUCUUUACUCAUCUAUAAAUUAGGUACAGAUAUGCCGUAUGGACAUGUGUCGGUGAUAGUCGAUGUUCUACCUAAUUCUAUUCGUGUUGCCGAACAAAACUAUGAUGCUAAUUAUUGGUUAGGUAAUUAUUCUCGAGAAAUUCCGUAUGUAUUGCUAAAUGGUAGCUACUACAUCAAUGAUAAUUAUCCUAUUUAUGGUUGGAUAUCAGUCGAAGAUAACAAUCAAACAUAUCCAUUAAACCAAUCAACCAUAGACAAAAUCACGCGACAAAAUAUAUCAUUUCCCGAUUUUGUUUGUUCAAAAGGUGUUCUUCAUUAUUGUUUUUCAGUAUAUUGUUACCUCUUAUUCAUUUGCUUUACAUUUGGGCUUUCAUCGAUGAUUCUCCGACCUAAUCAUGCAUAA